AUGUUCAGCCCCAGGCCCACCAACAGCCCCCACUACCCAUGUUUAGCCCCAGGCCCACCAACAGCCCCCCACUACCCAUGUUCAGGCCCAACAACAGCCCUCCACUACCCAUGUCCAGCCCCAGGCCCACCAACAGCCCCCCACUACCCAUGUUCAGCCCCAGACCCACCACCGGCCCCCACUACCCAUGUUCAGCCCCAGGCCCAACAACAGCCCCCUACUACCCAUGUUCAGCCCCAGGCCCAACAACAGCCCUCCACUACCCAUGUCCAGCCCCAGGCUCACCAACAGCCCUCCACUACUCAUGUCCAGCCCCAGGCCCACCAACAGCCCUCCACUACCCAUGUUGAGCCCCAGGCCCAAAAACAGCCCUCCACUACCCAUGUCCAGCCCCAGGCUCACCAACAGCCCUCCACUACCCAUGUCCAGCCCCAGGCCCACCAACAGCCCCCCUACUACCCAUGUUUAGCCCCAGGCCCACCAACAGCCCUCCACUACCCAUGUUCAGCCCUAGGCCCAACAACAGCCCCCCACUACCCAUGUUCAGCCCCAGGCCCAACAACAGCCCUCCACUACCCAUGUCCAGCCCCAGGCUCACCAACAGCCCUCCACUACUCAUGUCCAGCCCGAGGCCCACCAACAGCCCUCCACUACCCAUGUUCAGCCCCAGGCCCAACAACAGCCCUCUCCACUACCCAUGUCCAGCCCCAGGCUCACCAACAGCCCUCCACUAAUCAUGUCCAGCCCCAGGCCCAACAACAGCCCCCCACUACCCAUGUUCAGCCCCAGGCCACCAACAGCCCCACACUACCCAUGUUCAGCCCCAGGCUCAUCAACAGCCCCCCCACUACCCAUGUCCAGCCCCAGGCCCACCAACAGCCCUCCACUACCCAUGUCCAGCCCCAGGCCCACCAACAGCCCUCCACUACUCAUGUCCAGCCCCAGGCUCACCAACAGCCCUCCACUACUCAUGUCCAGCCCCAGGCCCACCAACAGCCCUACUACCCAUGUUUAGCCCCAGGCCCACCAACAGCCCCCCACUACCCAUGUUCAGCCCCAGGCCCACAAACAGCCCCCUACUACCCAUGUUUAGCCCCAAGCCCACCAACAGCCCUCCACUACUCAUGUCCAGCCCCAGCCCCCAGGCCCAACAACAGCCCUCCACUACCCAUGUUCAGCCCCAGGCCCACCAACAGCCCUCUCCACUACCCAUGUCCAGCCCCAGGCCCACCAACAGCCCUCUCCACUACUCAUGUCCAGCCCCAGGCUCACCAACAGCCCCCCACUACUCAUGUCCAGCCCCAGGCCCACCAACAGCCCUCUCCACUACCCAUUUCCAGCCCCAGGCUCACCAACAGCCCUCCACUACUCAUGUCCAGCCCCAGGCCCACCAACAGCCCUCCACUACCCAUGUCCAGCCCCAGGCCCAACAACAGCCCUCCACUACUCAUGUCCAGCCCCAGGCCCACCUAG